AUGUCUUCCGCUGCUAAAACACCCAGAAGCUGCUGGCGCAAGUAUUUUACAAUAAGGAAGGAAAAUGCAACCGCAAAAUGUAAAUACUGCCCAAAAGAGUUAAAAACAUGCAAUAACACUACAAACUUGAAACAGCACAUGGAAAGAAAACAUUCUGAUGUCUUACAAGCUGACGAGAAUUCACAUGAAGUUGAUGUCCAGGAUACUACCAAUUUGAGGCAUAAUGAUUCAUUGGUGCAUUCGCCAUUGACAGACACUGAGGCUUCGUCAUUAACUCCAAAACGGGCUAGAUCAACUAUCGGAGCGGCUUUUUCAAGAAUUUCAGCAUAUGCCUCAGAUGGAGAAAAAAAUAAACAAAUAACAAACAGCAUCGCAGAAAUGAUAUGCCGGGACAGUCUUCCUUACAAUAUGGUGGAAGGAACAGGAUUCAAAAAGCUAAUGAAAACUAUCGUUCAUUUGUACAAGGUUCCAUGUCGUAAAACUAUCACAGAUCUCAUUGAUACUAAAUAUGACGAAAAAAAGACCCUUAUUAAACAAAAAUUACGGUCUGUUAAAAACGUCUAUCUUACAAUAGAUGAAUGGAAGGAUAUGCAGUUAAGAAGUUUUUUAGGCGUGACUGUUCACUUUAUAGAAAAUUUUGAAAUGAAAUCGGUAUGUGAACCGCUUCAUGACAAUCAUACAGGCGAAUAUUUAUCGGAGAUGGUUCUUAAUGUUUGUGAAGAUUGGGGUUUGUCGCAUGACAAAAUUGUGAGUGUUACUACAGACAAUGGCGCUAACAUGGUUAAAGCUAUUGAGAUUACUUUCGGCAGAGCAAAACAUAUUCGAUGCCUAGCACAUACGUUGAAUCUAGUAGUUGAAAAUUCUGUGAGUUCCUCUGAUGUUAAACUUUUUUUGGAUAAAGUACGAAAAAUCGUAACUUGGCUCCACCAAAGUGGUGUAGGCGCUGAAGAAUUGCGACAGAUGCAAAUGCAGGAAAGCGUUGUUGAAGGAAAAUUGAAGCAUUUGGUCGGAGAUGUGUCUACAAGAUGGAACUCACAAUUAUUUAUGAUUGAACGUUUUGUGUUAAUGAGCAGCACAAUUGGAUAUAUUUUAAUAAACCAUCCGAAUGCACCCCAAAUGCUUCAAGCAAACGAAAUCGUUGUGCUCAAAGAAAUUGGAAAAGUUUUAAAGCCUUUUCACAAUGUUACCGAAGAAAUGAGCGCUGAAAAAUAUGUGACAGCUAGUAAAGCUAUACCUAUUAUCAAGGUUACAGAUUUUGAUAGUCUAAUGGGUGGUGAAUGGGUGGAUCAGCCAACCAAUAGUCAGACGAAUAGCUAA